UCUAUUUCUCUCCCCGAAACUCUUACUAUAGAGGUUUUGUUUUUGAUAUGCGCAACUCACGUAGAUACAAAUAAGUUUACAGAGAUGCUUGUCCGAUCCUGUCGUUACCCCAGUCACUGAUGAAUUUCCUACCGAAAAUAUUGAAGGGCAAUGGAUAGCUCCAAAAGAAAUAAUAGCUCAUGAGCAUCGAUUUAUUAAACGUAGAGACAAUUACACCGAUGGUGUAGCUCACGCAGGAGACGCACGCAUCAUCUCUGACCCAGUAGUAACACCGUGCACAGAUGAGUUUCCUAGCGAAGAAUUUACAGGAGAAUUCCGUAUGGAGACCGAAGUUGUGAGUACCCCGCAACAAGUGAUGAAGACGCAGCCAUCACCCACCGUCAAUAUCAAUGUGGAGCGCAAAGUUGGUUAA